AUGAUUUUUUCCCAUCUAUUUGGCCUGCUGGCCGCCACAGCCGGCCUGGCCAAGGCCGUCAACAUCACCGGUUAUGAAUAUGUCGUCGUUGGUUCCGGUGCUGGUGGUGGUCCUUUGGCCGCCCGCCUCGCUUUGGCCGGUCAUAAGACACUUCUGCUCGAGGCUGGUGAUGACCAGGGUGAAAACUACAACUAUACUAUCCCUGCCUACUCUGCCAGAGCCUCAGAGGAUGAGAAGCUCUCGUGGAACUUCUUCGUGCACCACUAUGAAGAUGAUGAACGCCAGGCUCUCGAUUGGAAGACGAGCUAUGACACACCCGAUGGCGGUAUAUACACCGGCCUGAGUCCUCCUGAGGGCUCAACGUUGAAAGGAACCCUCUAUCCUCGUACAGGAACCCUUGGUGGAUGCACUGCUCACAACGCCUUGAUUGCAGUCUAUCCCCACCAGUCUGACUUUGAAUACAUUUCGACCCUUACCGGCGAUAGUUCUUGGACACCUGAAAACAUGCGCAAGUACUUUGUCAAGCUGGAGAGGAAUGGUUACUUGCUCCCCGGAGCUAAGGGCCACGGUUACGAAGGCUGGCUGUCAACCGAGACCGCGCCCCUCAGCAUUGUUUUGGAGGACCCCCAGCUGCUGGAUAUGCUGACGGGAGGAGCUUUUGCUCUUGGUAACUUGACCGAUAACAUCAUGAACAUUGGCACUCUGCUGGCUGGCGAUGCCAAUGCGGAUACCAAAGCCCGUGACACCAAUCCUGGCUACUACCAGAUCCCUAUCUCGACUGAUGAUGCCCACCGCAACGGUGCUCGCGAAUUCAUCAUCGCUGUGCGGGAUGCUAAGAACGAUGAUGGCUCUAAGAAGUACCCUCUUGAUGUCCGCAUGAAUACCCACGUCACCAAGGUGACCUUCAAUGAGACCGCCAGCCCACCCCGUGCCACCGGUGUCGAGUUCCUCGAUGGCGAGCAUCUUUACAAAGCUAGCCCAAUGUCCAAGUCUGCCCUUGCUGGUAUUCCCGGCUCCGCCAGUGCAUCCCGUGAGGUUAUUGUCGCCGGUGGUGUGUAUAACUCGCCCCAGAUCCUUAAAUUGAGUGGUAUUGGUCCCGCCGAUGAACUCAACAAGUUUGGUAUCAAGGUCAUUAAGGAUCUCCCUGGUGUCGGCACCAACCUGCAAGACCACUAUGAGAUCUCCGUGCAGGGCAAGAUCGAACAUGAUUUUUCCUGCUUGAACAAAUGCACCUUCAGCAUCCACGACCAGGCCGACCCUUGUAUCAACGAAUGGGAGUCUCCUAUCCUCGGCGACCGCGGCAUCUACUCAUCCCCCGGUCUCGCUGCUACCAUGCUCUACAAGAGCUCCGUGGCCGAUGAUGAAUUCGACAUCUUCUGCUUUGGUGGACCGGUCAACUUCCGCGGCUACUUCCCUGACUAUAGCAUCAACGCCACCGACGAACAUAACUGGUUUACCUGGGCUAUCCUCAAAGCUCAUCCCCGCAACACCGCCGGUACCGUUGCCUUACAAUCCGCCGACCCCCUUGACAUGCCUAAGAUCACCUUCAACUACUUCGAUACCGGAGUCGGCGACUACGCAGCCGAUCUUACUGCUCUCUAUGAAGCCGUUGAGCUUGCCCGUGACGCCUUCAAGCGCCAGCUCAUCAACAUCACUGAGGUUCUCCCAGGUGACGCCGUUCAGUCCAAGGAGGACAUCGAGACUUAUGUCAAGGAUGGCGCUUGGGGUCACCACGCCUCCUGCACCUGUCCCAUUGGUGCCGAUGAUGACCCAAUGGCCGUGUUAGACUCUAAGUUCCGCGUUCGCGGUGUCUCUGGUCUCCGUGUUGUUGAUGCUUCCGUGUACCCGAAGGUUCCGGGUACUUUCACAGCUGUGUCUACCUACAUGGUUGCCGAGAAGGCUGCUGAUGAGAUCCUGAGCGAGCUCAACACCAGCUCUUAG